GCACACACGCUUUUACACACGCACAGAUAUUUUCACACACACGCACAGAUAUUUUGAGACUAUUUUCACUCCAUAGUUCUUCAGACGGGUGGCUGACCAGGCUGUUGUUGUCGACUAGGGAAUCUAGAUGUUGUUCUUCUGUGACUGGAUGAACCUUCCACGGUAGGGCAGUCAGUGGUGUGCAUUUUCAGCCGUGGUUGAACCAACUCCUCUCCUACUGAUGACUUCCAUGACUCAAAGAAGUUCAGGCCUCGUGCAGAGGCGCACAGAAGCCUCGCGUACUAUUACCGACAAAGAUGGCGAGGUGGGGCGCGAGGAGCCGGAGCCCCGCAGAGGAGAGGAGCUGGUUCAUGACGACAGCGGAGACUCCAAGGAAACACGACUCACCUUAAUGGAAGAAGUGUUGUUGUUAGGACUGAAGGACCGAGAGGGCUACACGUCCUUCUGGAAUGACUGCAUAUCAUCUGGCUUGCGGGGCUGCAUGCUGAUUGAAUUGGCCCUACGAGGACGCCUUCAGCUGGAGCCAUGUGGUGUGAGGAGGAGAGGUCUGCUGUCCAGAAAGGUGCUUUGUAAGUCAGAUGCUCCAACAGGAGAUGUGCUUCUGGAUGAGGCUUUAAAACACAUCAAGGAAACCCAACCCCCAGAGACUGUGCAAAGCUGGAUUGAACUGCUGAGUGGAGAGACAUGGAACCCACUGAAGCUGCAUUAUCAGCUGAGGAAUGUCCGUGAACGGCUGGCCAAAAACUUGGUGGAAAAAGGCGUCCUCACAACGGAGAAACAGAACUUCUUGCUUUUUGAUAUGACCACACAUCCCCUCACCAACAACAGCAUCAAGCAGCGUCUCAUCAAGAAGGUCCAGGAAGCUGUUCUAGACAAGUGGGUAAAUGACCCUAAUCGAAUGGACAAGCGAUUGGUGGCACUUAUAUUCUUAGCCCAUUCUUCUGAUGUGUUGGAAAAUGCAUUUGCCCCACUACUAGAUGACCAGUACGACUUGGCCAUGAAAAGAGUGCGACAGCUGCUAGAACUGGAGCCUGAGGCAGAGAGCAUGAAGGCCAACACUAAUGAGAUGUUAUGGGCUGUGGUAGCUGCUUUCACUAAAUGAGACUUAACAGCAUUGGACACAGUCUCUGGUGGUACGCUCUGUGUACUGUUGGGUACAAAUUGGAGUAAUAAUCCCAAUAAGAGAACCUUAUUGGUGGUGUUGAAUGAACUGCAGGAGAUUCUGUCUUACUGGUAUUUUUUUUUUCUUCCAGUUAACUUUCUUGUGGACCAAUAAUAUGCUCCAAAUCUGAAAUUGCUAUUUCACUUAUCACUUUGCUAAAAAACUGAACUCAGAAAGAUGAAUGAAAUUGUUUAUGAAACCAAUAUGUUGACUUUUUUGUCUCUUAAUAUGUUAAUCAAACAGUUUGGCAAAUGUAAGAAUACAGUGACUAACUCUGAGAUGAAUGGACAUAUCCAUGUAAGAGCAGUGUAAAAUGUUAUUUGAUGAUGCUGUUGGACCAAACGAUAUGCUGUAAGUAUGCAACAUCCAGGUUUCCACUUAUUUCAUAACAGGAACAAGAAAGCCGAAAAUAUGGCAAGACCCAAACUCGAUGUUCUGUCCUGAUCUCAGUGUACUGGCAAUAGGAAGUUAUUUCAUGUUGGUGUUGCCUCAAACAACCCAGUGCAACAGCUGCUAGGACUGGAGCCUGAGGCAGAGAGCAUGAAGGCCAACACUAGGUCAAUAUAUGUGCUGCUUUUCUUAUUCAGUGUCAGGAGGAACUGUGUCAGAGUACAUAUUGACUCAAAUCCCAGGUCUGACUAAAGUAACAGCUGAUCUUCUGUUAGGAAGGAGAUUGUUUAAAUCACCUCAAAAUAGGAAUGCCAGAAAUAAAAACAACUUUAAUCAGUCACCGCUUUAAAAACGUUUUUUUGUAUCUUUAUUGUUUUAGGUACAAUACAUUCUGCAGUCAGCAGAAAUGGAAAAUGCAGUAAGGAAUGAUUAUGUGUAUGAUCUUUUCUGGAUGUAGAAAGUAAACUGUUUUGCUAUACAAGUUAUAUGAUUAUCCUGCAGACAAAUUAAUUUGUGAUGAUGUCCUUAUCUAUUGUACUGAUGACAUGAUCUGGUUCAAUUAAUCUUUCAAGUCUUGGUAUGUGGCCAACUGAUAAAUCUGAAGCUUAAUUCUUGAUCAGGACAGGAAUAGGUUUAGCUAGUUGUUGAUUGAACACAAAGUUUCACUUGAAAGAAAUUAUUCAAGCUCCCAAACAUGAAACUACUUUCUCUAUGCAGCUGUAACUUAGACAGACCGAUUCAGUAAACCUAGUCUAGUUUUAGACUUGUCUUGGCAAAAUCCAUAAGAUCUUGAGGGGUCAGUUUAGCUAGUGAAAUACUCUGUUCUAACUGGAACUGGGGUUAAUUAUGCAGGGUAUUUGAUGUUCAGAUAACUCAGAUUGGUUUUAUUGUUUGAAAUUGUAAACAAAGCGCCUUUAGUUUAAUUCCUUUUACAAUAAACUAUCAUUUGGUCCUAGUUUUGUAUCACCAAGUUCAUUGUGUUGAUCAACACUUUUCUUUGUUAUAAAUGCACAGACUUGCCGAACUGAAGACAAUGGAAGAUGUUUUCUUAAUAAAAUUUUUUAUUUGUU